AUGGCCAAAAACGAGAAUGAUGAUGGAAGCAUUUUUCUUGUCCCUCGCUAUGUAGGAGUAUAUGUUACCUAUAACUGGUGUUGUAUGCCAUCGGGGUAUGGAAGGUUAUACAAAGCAGCAUAUGGGACAUGGAAGGCACAAAUGUAUGUGGAAAUGGUGUCUUAG